AUGCAUGAAGCCUUUGAGUCUACAAUUUGUCAGUCUUUGCAGCAGGCAGCCAAGUCUAUGAUGUCAGAGGAAGAGGGGAAGCAGGCAUUGAACCCUGUCCAGGAGAGGAAACCAGAGUCUAUGGUCUCUGCCUCCACUGAGCAGAUUGUGUCCCCUCCAGUAUCAACUGUGACACACCCCCCUGCCACAACGCCAACAGAGGAUGAGGAAGAGGAGAGUGAAGAUGAGUCUGAGAUUCUGGAGGAGAGCACAUGCGGACGCUGGCAGAAACGGAGAGAGGAGGUGAACCAGCGUAAUGUCCCUGGAAUUGACAACGCCUACUUGGCCAUGGACACCGAGGAGGGCGUGGAGGUGGUGUGGAAUGAGGUCAUGUUCUCAGAGCGGAAGAACUUCAAACUGCAGGAGGAGAAAGUCAAAGCGGUGUUUGACAACUUGAUCCAGUUGGAGCACUUGAACAUUGUCAAGUUUCAAGCCUGGAAGCGCUGGUGUACACAGAUACUGUCUGCUCUCAGUUUCUCUCCUCUACCCAAUUACCUGCACUCCUGUGACCCUCCCAUCAUCCAUGGCAACCUGACCUGUGACACAAUCUUCAUCCAGCACAAUGGCCUCAUCAAGAUUGGCUCAGUGGCCCCAGACACUAUCAACAACCACGUCAAAACCUGUCGGGAGGAGCAGAAGAGCCUGCACUUCUUUGCUCCCGAGUAUGGAGCUAUUGCGGAUGUCACCACUGCCGGGGAUAUUUAUUCCUUUGGAAUGUGCAUCUUAGAGAUGGCUGUCCUGGAGAUACAGAGUAACAGUGAGUCAUCGUAUGUAUCCCAAGAAGCCAUCAACAGUGCCAUUCAGUCCUUGGAGGACCCGCUGCAGAGGGAGUUCAACCAGAAGUGUUUAGAGCAGGACCCCAGUAAGCGCCCCACGGCCAAAGAGCUGCUGUUCCACCAGGCCCUGUUCGACGUGCCCUUACUGAAGUUGCUGUCAGCGCACAGCAUCGUAAGCCACCAGCACAUGAUUCCAGAAAAUGCUCUCGAAGAGAUGACGAAGAACAUGGACCCAAACCCGGUGAUUGUGGAGUUCAAGGAUGGCGUUCAGAUGAAGCUUUCCCAGUUCCCUGCUCUUGAGCUGGACAAGUUCCUGGAAGAUGUGAGGAAUGGGAUCUACCCUCUGACAGCAUUUGGGGUGCCUGGCCCCAAGCAGCCCGAGCAGGAAGCAGUGAAGUCCCCCAUUGUACCCCCCUCAGUCAAAACCCCCACCCCUGAGCCUGUGGAGCUGGAGAUCAGGAAGGUCCUACAGAUGCAGUGCAACAUUGAGUCUGUUGAUGAGGGGGCCAAACAUCACCUUACACUAUUGCUGAAACUUGAGGACAAGUUGAAUAGGCACUUAAGUUGUGAUUUAUUAGCAAAUGAGAAUGUGCAGGAGCUGGCUGUGGAGCUUGUUCAGCUGGGAUUCAUCAGCGAGGGUGACCAGCCACGACUCGCUUCGGUUCUGGAGGAGGCCUUCUCCAAGUUCUACAACUGGAAUGGCUUCCUGAAUCCAGUCACCGUCUCUUCAUAACAGAGGAGCCUCACCCUCCCUCAUCCUCUCCGACAGGACUUCACUGUCGCUCACCCCAUAGUGUUAUGGGAAAGCUUUGCAGGGACAGAUAGGGGAAGCCUUUGCCUGCUCCCCCCCCAAAAAAAAUUCUUCCCACAGCCUCUCUUCACACCUUAUGGUGGAAAUAGCUGCCACUAGGUGGUUUUGUCUUUUUGUACUUCUGUUCAAUUUUGCUUAUGUGUAGACAUCUGCUUCUCUGUUUUAAAAGAAGAAAAAACGACUUGGUUCAGUGUAUCACAAGCUGUAUUUUGAAAGUUAACGCAAAGUCAGUCGGUAUGCCAUCAAAAAUAUCUUCUGGCUUACUCUGGUGUACAUAUACUGUACAUGGUGCUGUAUGUAGGGCGAAUGUGGCGUCUUCCUCCGGAUAUCACUCUUUGAUGCGUCAAAAGAUGCAGUGUCAAGCGUUUUCUUCCCCCCUAGGCUUUCCUUUGUAUCAUCAGAAUAUGUAACUGUGGCUGUAGUUAAGACACCUUUACCCAAUCCACUUGAGCUCAGAUGGUGAGAGGGAGAGACGUUUGCGCUCCGAAUGUUGUGACUAUAAUAAGUUUUAUUUAUUGGUACGGUCUAUCAUGAGUGUAUAUUUCACUUUCAGCACGAAACUGUUUGGUUCUUUUUAGUGAAUAUUUAGUUUAUUAGAAUGCUCAUGAGCUGUUGCUUUACUCUUAACCUUUUAGGGACAGACGUUCCGCUAGCGGAACGCCUCACCAAUAUCCAAUGGUAGAGCGUGGCGCGAAAUACAAAUACCUCAAAAAUGCUAUAACUUCAAUUUCUCAAACAUAUGACUAUUUUACACCAUUUUAAAGACAAGACUCUCGUUAAUCUAACCACAUUGUCCGAUUUCAAAAAGGCUUUACAGCGAAAGCAAAACAUUAGAUUAUGUCAGGAGAGUACCUGCCAAAAAUAAUCACACAGCCAUUUU